UCCUGACUCACCGAUACCACUGAGUGGUUAAUUCUACGAAUGGGGGUUUUGACAGUACGAAGAAACGGGGAUGCCUGAGCUGCACGGCAAAGGUACGGGGGGGUAUUUAUAGAGAGGGAAGAGACGUUGGGAAGUAGUAGGUGAAGAAUAUACUCUUAAGAAAUAUCUUCUCAGUCAGAACGAAACUUCCACAAGACAAAAGCCCACAUAUAAUCCCAUCAAAAAGAGAGUCAACAAUGAAUCCACCUCCGUACUCGCCUUCCUCCUCCCCCGCUCUCCCCCUUCUCGACGAAAAAGUCUCCUUCUACCCGGAACAUCUCCUCCAGCGCGGGCUCCAGAUCCCCUCGCGAGAUGACCGUCCCUCCUCGGGCUUUCCCUAUCCCACCCUCCUGACCGCAUACAAUGUGACGCCCCACCACUGGGAGCAGUUCACUCGCGAGAUCACCGACGCCGCCCGCAUGACCCGUCGCCAGUGGAAGACCGUCGUCGGCCAGGGGCUAGGCGUCCUGGCCGUGGGCGGCCUGAUGGUCGGCGCCCUGGGGGCCAUCCCCGCCUGGUGGGUGACGCGACGGGCCCAGCGUAACCGGGAGGAGCAGAAUCUGAUCCACGCGACGACAGGAUCGGCGUCGUCACCAGUGCCGGGCGAAGAGGAGGAUGGAAGAGUAGACCGCGAGGUGAUGGCGCUGGCCGACAAGAUCCAGCAAUGGAACGGCACCUUCUUUGAGCCACGGGGAAUCUUGGUGCGUGUGGACCUGCCAUGGGAGGCACUAGAGGAUUUAGAAAACAUGGAUGUUAGUCUAAAGGGCAAGCGAGGCGAAGCGGAGAACGUGUCGGCGACAAAUCCGGAAAAGUGGCAGGGUAAGGCGUCGCGGCGGGCGCGGAUUGUGCUGAUUCCGUUGGAUAGAGGGGUGCAGUAAAGCCAGAAAAUUGCAAUAAAAAGUCAAAUCGUCACGUCGUUG